GCAGUAUUGUCAACUUAUUCAGUUCAAACUUAUAUGUGGCACAGGUUUGAAUAAAAGAACAGACACACAGCUACACACAGAGGAAGAGAUGAACAUGGCAGCUAUGAAUAUCUUAUCUCAGCCAUGGUCGCCGACAGCUUCGCUCUGCCUCUAUUAUUUUAAUAAUCAUAAUCAUUAUAAUAUUAGUAAUUACAAAUUACAUUCUUUUUCUCAUCCUUAUAACUUUUCUAUUCCCUCUUCUCUCUGUGCUCCAACAAAAUCAAACCACACAGCUUCGAGGCUCUCUCAAAUGCCAACCCACUUAUCAAAAUCAGGCAGUGGAUGUUCAUGGAUACGAGACAAUUCCACGUGUCGCAACACUGCUGCCAGCAAUGAUUGCAGCAGGCUGGGCCCAUCAUAUUCUGUAUUUCCCACAAAACCUGCAGAAGUUUCCUCUGUGCAGGACCUUUUUGAAUUCAUAUGCUCAGGUCCUUUGUUUAACAAAUUGGGUCUGAACCCAGAAAAGGUAGCUGAGUCCGUUGACAAGUGGUUAGCAUAUGGAUUGCACCUUUGUCGAUUGUUUAAGCUCAAUGAAUUGUACCUUACAGUUCCUGAGAAAGCAAGGUUAUAUCACUACUAUGUACCAGUCUUUUUAUGGUGUGAAGAUCAGGUUUCACAGCACAGGUCCACAUUCAAGGAUGGAGAAGAUAUAUCUCCUCUAGUGAUUGGUUUUAGUGCGCCACAAGGUUGUGGGAAGACUACACUUGUCUUUGCUCUUGACUAUCUCUUCCAAAUUACUGGCAGGAAGGCUGCGACAGUAUCCAUUGAUGACUUCUAUUUGACGGCAGAGGCUCAGGCUAAACUGAGAGAAGAAAUUCCAGGAAAUGCACUAUUAGAGCUUCGUGGAAAUGCUGGCAGCCAUGAUCUUGCGUUCUCUGUUGAAACACUCACGGCUCUUACCCAAUUGACUAAAGAGGGUAUGAAGAUGAAGCUACCUCGAUAUGAUAAAUCAGCAUUUAAUGGGAGGGGUGACAGAGCUGAUCCUUCAACUUGGCCAGAGGUUGAGGGGCCACUCACGGUUAUUCUGUUUGAAGGCUGGAUGCUUGGUUUCAAACCCCUUCCAGUGGAAGUUGUCAAAGCUAUUGAUCCACAGCUAGAGACGGUAAAUAAGAACCUUGAAGCAUAUUAUGAUGCAUGGGACAAGUUCAUAAAGGCAUGGAUAGUCAUCAAGAUUAAUGACCCGAGUUGUGUCUACCAGUGGCGUUUACAGGCAGAGAUUGCGAUGAGAAAGGAAGGUAAUCCUGGAAUGUCAGAUGAGGAGGUUAAAGAUUUUGUUUCACGGUACUUGCCAGCAUACAAAGCUUACCUUCCCACCCUUUAUGCUGAAGGGCCAAAUGGGUCAGAUCCAAAGCAUCUCCUUGUCAUCGAAAUUGAUGAAGGGAGGAAUCCCCUCCCAGGUAACUAGGACCAUGGUUUCAAAUAGAAAAAUGUUGAAAAGCCCAAUUUUGAUUUCUUGAAUAUCUCAUUUUUAAGGGCAUUUGUUAUUAAAAAAAUACCUUUAGUGGAGAAAAGCCAAUGUAAAUGUAAAUUUAUAGUCAAUGUUUCAAAUAAAAUUGAAUAUUUUUUAUUUGCACAA